CCAGUCGUCUACUCGAUGGCUAACAUAUUUUUAAAAAAAUCAUGAAUCUGUAUGAUAACAUUGAUAGCACAAAUUUCUGGUGCCUCGUCAUCUUUUUUUAAUAUGAAAACGUGACCAAAUAAACCGUGUUGUAACGAGAAUGGGGUAAAUCGGUACUGUUUUUUGUUGUUUUCCAUCGAACCUGCUGGUGUUCAUGCUAUGAAGAAGACCAAUCAGAACACCUUGGAGCCUGAAAAGCAGCACAUUUCAUCUCUCAUGAGCGAAAUCAAAGCGCAGGCGUGAAAGGCGAGAAGAGGAGGAAGAAGCGGCAGCCAAUCUUUGCGCAGACUGCCUGCAGCCCAGUGAUGAUGAUGAUGAUGAUGAUGCUGAUGCUGGUGCCUAAAUGGAGCCCGUGAUGUAAAUAAGGAUGGCGAGGGCAGCGGAUGGAACAUGCCGCCUCAUCUGUGCAUGACAUCGAGAGCAUUUCUCUCUGCAUGCCCCGUGAAGCCACAGACAAACGUCUUGAUGCCUCUCGUUUGACACAGGAGCCAAAGCAAGACGAGCGGCUUCUCCUUACACAAAAGAAGAAAAGAAGAAGACAACACUCGGGAUAUAAACAGGUCAUUAUGACCUUAGUAGCCUCCAGUGCAAGGAAACCAUCGGAUUGCAUUCAGGCGGCAGCUUUCUGCUUGCAUCUUCUGCUUUGGAUCUCUUGCUCAGUGUCCGGAGAGGAGCAGCACCUCUUCAGCGUCGAGGGAUGGCUACAGAGGUACGGCUACCUUUCCCGCACCGAACCCAAAAUGUCUGUCCUGCGCUCGGCCCAAACAAUGCACUCGGCCAUUGCCGCCAUGCAGCGCGCCUACGGCCUCAAUGUCACCGGGAUGCUGGAUGAGAGAACCAAGGAUGAUAUCACGCCGAGUUGGAUGCAAAGGCCCCGCUGCGGCAAUCCAGACAGACUCAAGAGUGUUUCGAGGUCACGGAGGAGAAGAUAUGCGCUGACAGGACAGAAGUGGCAGCGUACACACAUCACCUACAGCAUAAAAAAUGUCACACCAAAGGUGGGCGCCCGCGAGACCCACGAUGCCAUCCGCAGGGCCUUUGAUGUGUGGCAGGGUGUGACCCCGCUGCGCUUCGAGGCUGUCCCCUAUAGCGCCCUGGAGACCGGCAGGCGCGACGUGGACAUCACCAUCAUCUUUGCUUCGGGUUUCCACGGCGACAGCUCGCCCUUUGAUGGAGAGGGUGGUUUCCUCGCCCAUGCUUACUUUCCUGGGCCAGGCAUAGGUGGGGACACCCACUUUGACUCAGACGAACCUUGGACCCUUGGGAACCCCAACCAUGAUGGCAACGAUCUGUUCCUGGUUGCCGUUCACGAGCUGGGUCACGCCCUCGGCCUGGAACACUCCAACGACCCCACAGCUAUCAUGGCUCCUUUCUAUCAGUAUAUGGAUACGGAGAACUUCAAACUACCUCAUGAUGACCUGCAGGGCAUCCAGAAGAUCUACGGUCCACCAGACAGAGCCCCGCAGCCGACCAGGCCUCCGCCCACAGUACCACCUCCCCGCUUCCACCUGCCCUCAGACCCCCGCAAGCACGACCGCCACGCCAGGCCUCAUCGCCCCCCACAAGGAGCCAAGCCAUCCAACCCAAACUCCAAGCCCAACAUCUGCGAUGGGGGCUUCAACACGCUGGCCAUCCUCCGCCAGGAACUCUUUGUCUUCAAGGACCAAUGGUUUUGGAGGGUGAGGGACAACUCGGUGGUUCCUGGAUACCCCAUGCAGAUCAACUACUUCUGGAAAGGCUUGCCUCCCAAAAUUGACGCCGUCUAUGAAAACAGCGAAGGAAAAUUUGUGUUUUUCAAAGGAAACCGUUUCUGGGUCUUCAAGGACACGACUCUGCAGCCGUCCUACCCUCAGGACAUCUCGUUGUUUGGCAGCGGCAUGCCCACACAGAGCAUUGAGACUGCCGUCUGGUGGGAGGACGUGGCCAAGACCUACUUCUUCAAAGGAGACAGAUACUGGCGCUACAAUGAAGAGAUGAGGACCAUGGACCCAGGCUAUCCCAAACCCAUCACCAUCUGGAAGGGCAUCCCUGACUCACCGCAGGGGGCUUUUGUGGACAAAGCCAACGGCUUCACGUACUUUUACAAGGGUAAGGAGUACUGGAAGUUCAACAACCAGCUGCUCCGCGUGGAACCCGGUUACCCACGUUCCAUCCUGCGGGACUUUAUGGGCUGUGACGGCCUCCCCCCGGACCCAGACUGGGAUUGGAGCCCGCCGGCGGCCGAGGAGCGGCACUACGACAACGGCGACGCUGACGUGGUUAUCAAACUGGACAGCACGGGGGGCACGGAGAAGGCGGUGGCCAUCGCCAUCCCCUGCGUCCUGGCGCUGUGCAUGAUGGUCCUGCUUUACACGGUGUUCCAGUUCCGUAGGAAGAGCACGCAACGCCACAUACUGUACUGCAAGCGCUCCAUGCAGGAGUGGGUGUGAGGGGAGGGAUGCUGAGUCUCCGAUAAAGGUCUAAAAAUUGCCCCCCCAUUCCCCUUUGUUGGGUGAAGUACACGACAAUGGCGGCAGAACUGCACAAACGGUGCAUAGCGCAAGGAGACGGCAGACAGUGAGGGAGCCAUAUCUCUUAAGUCCUAUGUAUUUAUCUACUUUGACUCUUUUCUCUAACUUGCAACAAACAUGAAUUGAGUUAAGCUCCUGUAUGUCUGUGGGACCUAUCCUCGUCUCUGCACACUUGCUUGAAGAGCCCCAACAAGAGCACCAACAAAUUAGAUCUUAGGCUUUACUUUCGGUAUUAAUAGAAUCAACUGUGAUUUUUUAAAAUUUUAAAUCUAUGGGAAAGAAUAUUCAUUGUGUGAUCGACUACUAGGACCUUUUUUUUCCAAAGAGGAUGAGUUUUGGUUUUGAGGACAUAUUCUGAUUUUUUUUUGGUAUAAUUUGUGAAGACAGCAGGCAGUUGAUAAAGAGUGGUAUGUUCAAAAUGUUUAAAAACUAGCUUAUUUAUACCUACUUCAGCGACAUUAAAUGGCAAAGACUGUAUUGCAAGCAAAGACAUUAAAGGUCCCAUAUUAUAGUAUUUUUCAACUAUUUGGAAUAAGUGGAAAUAUCGGAAGUGUGUUGUCCAAAAUCUAGCUUUAAUUUAGUAAUUAUACAUUUUAAAAGUGUUUUUAGUCGGCCCAACUGGGAACUCGCCGUUACGUCAGUCUGUAGCUUUAAUGCUAAUGAGCUGUGUUUGUCCACGCCUCUCUCCGACAGAGUGUGUGUCUAUUAUAAUAUCACAUACAACAAGGUAACAUUAAGGAGUGAGACGAGAGGACCGAAAGUUAGCAACACUACAGUAGUAUAGCGAUGUGAACUACAGUGCUAACAUUACACUCACAUUUUAAGUGUCACAUCAUGCUAAGUUAGCCCAUUCGAUAAAGAAAAACAAAAUGAUCAAACUUACAGCUCCCACUUCUGGAGCUGAAUGACGGAUAGUUAGCAGAGCUAUCCAGGCACCAUUUUAAGAUGUGUAGCGAAGCCUGGGGUGGAUGGUUUUCUUUCAUAUGUAACUUCAAAAGCAAGUGUUUGAGCACCACUCCUCGUCUUUGGUGCUCAUAUACUGUACAGGCUCUAGGGACACAUACAGUAUCACUCUUAGGACAUCGCUAAAAAGUACAUUUUACAUAAUCGGGGACCUUUAAUUCCAAUGCUAUGUAAUACAUUCACUUUGAUUGCGGGUGCAGCUUCACACACGCAACAUGUUUGUUUAAGUGGAACAUUUCUUUGAAGCUAUCCAAACAUUUCAACCAAACUGUGUCCAAAAUGUUACGUAUUGGUGCACUAACAAAUUGUGCCAGGCCUAAAAUGUAUGUGCCCAACUUCUCCAAGCUACAAUUCCCUCUUUUGUUUUGCCUACAUUCCAGCCAUUUUAAAGAGCUUUGCCAAUUCAUGUUCUAAUAUUUUUUUACGUGUGGCAUGACACAAUGGAUGCGGAGGACAGGGAAAGCAAAUAAAAGCUAACAUGAGAACAUUUUAGGGUAAAAAUAAUGUCUAGAUACUUACCUGCAUGUCAUAACAGUGCUAAUGACACCAUUGUUAUACUACAUUGUUUCAAAUUGAAAAUACUUUUAUUAAAAAAAACAAUUAAUUAUUAUUAAUUCAUAAGCCAAAAAAGUAUAAUCAUAAUUAAAGCACUUAUUGACUAAUCCAGUAUUUCUACAAGCAAUCUAACACUGCUUGAAUUAAAUGAGUAUAUUUGAAAAAAAAACAACAAAUAUUCUAACAAAUAUUAUGUGAUGUUACAUAUAUAAAAUCAAAUAUUUAUAUGAUAGAUGUCUAACCAAAGUUAAAUUAUAUUUAGGCUGAUUUGAGGAGCAAAUGUAUGAUAAAUGCAAUACGCAAGAUAAGAAAUGCUGUGUGUUUGUGUCGUGGUGGAGUUUGCCAGAUGAGGGCACAAUCACCAUGAACCUUUUUUCAAGUUUUCUAUAUUUGUGCUUCUUCUACUUGAAACAUCCUCACCCCUUGGUUGCAAUCGAUUGCUUCAUAGCUUAUAACAUAUCUGAUGUGGAAACAUAAGCUAAGAAGGCGGGCCUGAGAACUGAUGGGUGCAGCUUUUGUGUGGCAUCAUCAUUUUAAAGGUGAAAAAGACAAUUUCAUGCCAGAACUAGAACCCUGUUGAUUUUGAGUGAGGUCCAAUCCAAGCUGCUUGAUGUGUCUGGGGUGAAAGGGCGUAAUUGCUGUACAGGGUGCAAUUUGUGGCUGAUUUUCCUUGCCUUUCAUGGGACGGCAGACCUACCUAAUAACACCAAUUGUUCAUUCAUGUUAUCACUCAUAUCAGAACUUUCAAGUGGCUCAAUGCUGUGUUUAGCAGCAUAUUUACAGUGUAAUAGCGCCAAACUACUGUAUGUCAACAAAAAGCAUUAGGGCUAAGACAGGAAGUAGCUUGUGUGAUAGAAUUAAACCUUACUAUUGUACAUAAUGGUGGAGGAUGCUGUCUGCUUGGAGGAAUUCUGUUUGUUUUUUAAAUCCAUCUAUGGGUAACGAUGCUGUGUGUUAUAAAUAAAAAAAACAAGUGCAU